AUGGAGCCGAUCCCUUUAUUCCCUAUCAUAUCCGGAUAUUGCGCCGGCUUUUUUGCGACUUUUUUCGACGUGUGGUCUCAUUAUUUGAUGGCAUUCAUGGUAGCGAUAAUGUCGGCACAAGUGGAAUGGCUAGUUUAUUGUUUUAUGAAGAAGCAUCAGACUCUGGGAAAGAUUAUGUGUCGACAUGUUUGUCCCAGGUUCCUAUUCAUGCUGGGUGAAAUUGGGAUGCCAUUUUUUCCAGUUUUGGUAUAUAUCGCUUUUUGUAAAGCUGGAAUGCCAAGAGGGGAACAGAUGAGUUACGUGAGAGAGCACUACAUUCAAUUCGUUUCCGGUUUCUCAUCCCUCAAAAACUUUGCGAUCUACACCUACAACUUUUGGUUCAUAUUAAUGGCUGUCAUUGCAAUAUUCGGAGGAGCAUUCUGUGGCCUUGUGUUCACUCUUUCCACGUGGGACAUGUUCAAAAUCCUUAAAGGAGUGCAAAGAAAAAUCUCAACUACAAACUACAAACGUCAUCAAGCCGCCGUGCGAAGUCUUCUGGCUCAAUUCGCAGUAACUUCUAUAUGUCUAUGCCCUCCUGUUCUAUUUGUUGUGGUUAUUUUAAGUGAAUUUAGAUAUGCACAAGUGACUGUUCAGUUCUUGUUGGCAGUUUUUGCAUCUCACUCAUCGGUUAAUGCUGUUGUUCUGGUUAUGACAACUCCACCAUUCAGAAAUUACGUGUUGAGGUAA